AUGGCGGGAGGCAUCUGGGAGAGAGAAGAGGACGAGGAGAAGAGAAAGAAGGAAUCGUGGAUAGAGAGAGUGAAAUCAGGAGGAGCUGUUCCACUGCUCGAUCCGCAGAAUUGUGCCAAUGGAUGGGCGUCACCGCCAGGAAGCAAAUUCAUGGUUCGAGGCCCUGAUUACUUUAAGACCAAGGUCAAGAUUCCAGCUGGAGAGUACCUCCUGAAGCCGAUCGGGUUCGACUGGAUCAAGGGUUCGACCAAAAUCUCUGAAAUUCUCAAACAUCCAACCACUAGAGUUAGGAGGGCUCUCGAUGAGGCAUUCCCCCAAAUUGAGGGAGGAGGAAACCCUAACCCUAACCCGAAACCAUUCGUUUGGGCAUUCAACUUGCAGGUACCCAGCAAGGACAACUACAGCGCGGUGGCUUAUUUCGCCUCGUUCGAUCCUGUCCUGGAGGGAUCCCUAAUGGAUAAGUUCUUGAAAGGGGACGACGCAUUCAGGAACUCGAGGCUGAAGCUGAUUGCCAACAUUGUGAAGGGACCUUGGAUCGUGAGGAAAGCAGUGGGGGAUCAGGCGGUUUGCUUGAUUGGCAAGGCACUGCACUGCAAGUACACUGUUGGGGAGAGGUUUAUGGAGGUGGAUGUGGAUAUCGGUUCAUCGGUUGUGGCGAAUGCGAUAGUUCAUCUCGCAUAUGGGUACAUUACUAAGCUGACUGUUGAUAUCGGUUUCGUGAUUGAAGGGUUAACAGAAUCUGAGCUUCCGGAGCAGCUCUUGUGUGCGUUUAGGUUCUCUGAGCUCGACCCGGGUUCUGCCUCGAUGCUGAAACCCUUGUCGAAUGGCCUGCAGCAGCAGUCUUCGCUGUCGACUAGGUUGUGGAAGUCGAUUGGGCUAUGA